AUGCUUGUGCGAGCUCAACAAAGCAGAGAAAAACUGGAUAGGCGUGUAGGUAAUAAAUAUGUUAUUAAUAAACUCUCAAAUAUUGUUGACGUACAAACAUAUUUUUCUCUAUCAUACUUUUUAUGCCUAACCUGUCAAGACACUCCCUCUCACUCACUCUCUCUCUCUCUCCCUCCUUCUCUCUCUCCCUCUCUCUCCUUCCAUCUCACUCUCCCUCUCUCUCUCUCCCUCUCUCUCUCUCCCUCUCUCUCCCUCUCACUCUCUCUCUCCUCUCCCUCUUUCCCUCUCUCUCUCCCUCCCUCCCUCCCUCUCUCUCCCUCUCCUCUCUCUCCUCUCCCUCCCCUUCCCUCUCUCUCCUCCCUCCUCUCUCUCUCCCUCUUCCUCCAUCCCUCUCUUCCUCGCCCUCCUUCCUCUCUCCCUCCCUCCCCCUCUCUCUCUUCCUCACCCCUCCUUCCCCUCUCUCCCUGCCUCUCUCCCUCCCUCUGUCCCCUCCCUCUCUCCCCACCUCUCUCUUUUCACUCUCUCACUCUCUCCUUCCCUUCCUCUCUCCUCUCUCUCUCGCUCUCUCCCUCCUCUCUCUCGCUCUUUCUCCCUCUCUCUCUCCCUAGCCCUCCUUCCCUCUCUCUCUCCCUCCCUCUCUCUCGCUCUUUCUCCCUCUCUCUCUCCCUAGCCCUCCUUCCCCUCUCUCCCUCCCUCCCUCUCUCUCUCCCUCUCCCUACCUCUCUCUCCCUCUCUCUCUCUCUCUCUCUCGCGCGCGCAUACGUGCGUAUACCAACAAAAUGA